UCCUGGUGUCAGACCAAUGUCUGCAGCAUGCAUUUAGUCUUCACCACAGUCUCUGUGCCAGCCUACUGCUGGCCUACCAGGGCCUGUUUGGUUACUUCACCUCCGUCAGCAAGGACCUGCCCUCCUCACACCGCAUGGAGCUAGGUAGACCUACACUACACCAUGGUAACACUAGAAACAGUGUCACACACCCAUCACGUUGCCAGGUGGCUGCAUGGAGCUAGGUAGACCUACACUACACCAUGGUAACACUAGAAACAGUCAGUCACACACCCAUCACGUUGCCAGGUGACUGCAUGGAGCUAGGUAGACCUACACUACACCAUGGUAACACUAGAAACAGUCAGUCACACACCCAUCACGUUGCCAGGUGGCUGCAUGGAGCUAGGUAGACCUACACUACACCAUGGUAACACUAGAAACAGUCAGUCACACACCCAUCACAUUGCCAGGUGACUGCAUGGAGCUAGGUAGACCUACACUACACCAUGGUAACACUAGAAACAGUGUCACACACCCAUCACGUUGCCAGGUGACUGCAUGGAGCUAGGUAGACCUACACUACACCAUGGUAACACUAGAAACAGUCAGUCACACACCCAUCACGUUGCCAGGUGGCUGCAUGGAGCUAGGUAGACCUACACUACACCAUGGUAACACUAGAAACAGUCAGUCACACACCCAUCACGUUGCCAGGUGGCUGCAUGGAGCUAGGUAGACCUACACUACACCAUGGUAACACUAGAAACAGUCAGUCACACACCCAUCACGUUGCCAGGUGGCUGCAUGGAGCUAGGUAGACCUACACUACACCAUGGUAACACUAGAAACAGUCAGUCACACACCCAUCACGUUGCCAGGUGGCUGCAUGGAGCUAGGUAGACCUACACUACACCAUGGUAACACUAGAAACAGUCAGUCACACACCCAUCACGUUGCCAGGUGGCUGCAUGGAGCUAGGUAGACCUACACUACACCAUGGUAACACUAGAAACAGUGUCACACACCCAUCACGUUGCCAGGUGGCUGCAUGGAGCUAGGUAGACCUACACUACACCAUGGUAACACUAGAAACAGUCAGUCACACACCCAUCACGUUGCCAGGUGGCUGCAUGGAGAAAAACCGUGUCAACUGAAAUGGAAAGAAUCUCCAGGAUGUUGAUGCUCCACAGAUGUAAUGGAUCUGUGGCGCUGACAGACUGGGUCAUUCCCCCAUAGUCCAUUUAUUACCUCAGUUAUGGCGUUGACAUUACAACACUGGACCUGCAGCUUGAUUUGACUGCAGGGUUUGAGUUGAAGAAUUAGAUUUAGAGAGCCCUGAUACCCAGUGAGAGAAUUACAGGACAUUCAGCUGUGUAUUACACCCCAACAUGAUCCAGAGACACACACCUCUAGCCUGCUGCCAGACUUUACUGUUAGAACGCUCUUGUUUAAUUUUGUGCUCUUCUCUCUUGCUUUUUCCAAUGUCUGUAUCUAGAAUGAGUGAUAUAUUGUACCUUUGUCUUCAUCAACUGGCUGUGUUGUUUAUCAUAGUAUUUGCAUGUCAUCAUUUGCUCCCUGCCUCCUACAAAAAUAAUUCCUGUCAGCCGUUCUAGAAGGAAGUUGAUGGUAGUAGUUGACUUGCUCACCCUUGGAGUCACAACAUCAACUCUCCUCCCUACAACUAGCUGUGGUCUGGUGCUUCACAGACUGUUAGUCACAACAUCAACUCUCCUCCCUACAACUAGCUGUGGUCUGGUGCUUCACAGACUGUUAGUCACAGUCACAACAUCAACUCUCCUCCCUACAACUAGCUGUGGUCUGGUGCUUCACAGACUGUUAGUCACAACAUCAACUCUCCUCCCUACAACUAGCUGUGGUCUGGUGCUUCACAGACUGUUAGUCACAGUCACAACAUCAACUCUCCUCCCUACAACUAGCUGUGGUCUGGUGCUUCACAGACUGUUAGUCACAACAUCAACUCUCCUCCCUACAACUAGCUGUGGUCUGGUGCUUCACAGACUGUUAGUCACAGUCACAACAUCAACUCUCCUCCCUACAACUAGCUGUGGUCUGGUGCUUCACAGACUGUUAGUCACAGUCACAACAUCAACUCUCCUCCCUACAACUAGCUGUGGUCUGGUGCUUCACAGACUGUUAGUCACAACAUCAACUCUCCUCCCUACAACUAGCUGUGGUCUGGUGCUUCACAGACUGUUAGUCACAACAUCAACUCUCCUCCCUACAACUAGCUGUGGUCUGGUGCUUCACAGACUGUUAGUCACAACAUCAACUCUCCUCCCUACAACUAGCUGUGGUCUGGUGCUUCACAGACUGUUAGUCACAACAUCAACUCUCCUCCCUACAACUAGCUGUGGUCUGGUGCUUCACAGACUGUUAGUCACAGUCACAACAUCAACUCUCCUCCCUACAACUAGCUGUGGUCUGGUGCUUCACAGACUGUUAGUCACAACAUCAACUCUCCUCCCUACAACUAGCUGUGGUCUGGUGCUUCACAGACUGUUAGUCACAGUCACAACAUCAACUCUCCUCCCUACAACUAGCUGUGGUCUGGUGCUUCACAGACUAUUAGUCACAACAUCAACUCUCCUCCCUACAACUAGCUGUGGUCUGGUGCUUCACAGACUAUUAGUCACAGUCACAACAUCAACUCUCCUCCCUACAACUAGCUGUGGUCUGGUGCUUCACAGACUGUUAGUCACAACAUCAACUCUCCUCCCUACAACUAGCUGUGGUCUGGUGCUUCACAGACUGUUAGUCACAGUCACAACAUCAACUCUCCUCCCUACAACUAGCUGUGGUCUGGUGCUUCACAGACUGUUAGUCACAGUCACAACAUCAACUCUCCUCCCUACAACUAGCUGUGGUCUGGUGCUUCACAGACUGUUAGUCACAACAUCAACUCUCCUCCCUACAACUAGCUGUGGUCUGGUGCUUCAGACUGUUAGUCACAACAUCAACUCUCCUCCCUACAACUAGCUGUGGUCUGGUGCUUCACAGACUGUUAGUCACAGUCACAACAUCAACUCUCCUCCCUACAACUA